AUGAGCGUCUUCAACAUAAGCCGGAGCUGCACCGUCUAUAUAGACAACGGGCAAAACCGCGCUCGACCCAAGCCCAGAGGUGGCCCGUCGAAAGGGGGCGGUGGUGGUGAUGAUGGCGAUGGCGGUGGAUGUCGCGACCGAACCAAGCCCAGGAGUGGCCCGACGAAAAGGGGCGGUGGUGGUGGUGGUGAUAGCGGUGGAGGUCGCGACCGACAAUGUUAUAACUGUGGUAAACAUGGUCAUAUGUCCCGGGAUUGCGCCAAGUCCAGAGGUGGCCCGUCCAAAAGGGGUGGUGGCGGUGGCGGUGGCGGUGGCAGGGGUCGUGAUGGCGUUAGGCGGGGGGAGGUAGUAGGGUUGGUGAUGGUGGUAGGCGGCGGCCGUCGUCAAGCGUAA